AUGGUUUAUAUGAAUUUGGUACAAAACCAGUCAGAGAAUCACACCGAAGAAAAUUCAGAUGAUGAAGAGGCUCCCGAGAUCUCUAAGUGGGAAUCCAUAAUAUGGCUAUCAAUUCUAACCGUGGUGAUUUCAGUCCUCUCAGAAUAUUUAGUUAAUGCUAUAGAGGGUGCAUCUGUUGCAAAGAGCAUGCUGAAUAUAACUUUAGGAGUGGCAAUUGGCUCAUCAACUCUGAUAUCUAUGUUUGGAAUUCCGUUUUGUGUGGUGGUUGGGUGGUUCAUGGGGUGCCCUAUGGACUUAGAUUUCCAAUUGUUUGAGACAGCGACACUUUUCAUAACUGUUCUGGUGGUAGCCUUCAUGCUGCAGGAGGGAACAUCUAAUUACUUCAAAGGACUGAUGCUCAUUCUUUGCUACAUUAUCGUUGCUGCGAGCUUCUUUGUACAUAGAGAUCCUAAAGUUCAAAGGACUGAUGGUAUUCACUAG